AUGGCAACCACAGUCGAUGCAAUCGACCCCCUAAAGUUGGCGGCUCAGCUGUUCAGGGACCAGCCCGCCGGGUUCCCGUUCGAAGGCUUUGACGUGGAGGAGCUCAUCCUGCCCGAUGGCGACGACAUGGACAUCCGCAGCGACGAGGACGAGAGCGAGGAGGAGGAGCUGGAGACGGCCAGCGGGUUUGGCAGCGUGAUCGUGGUGGACAACCUGCCGUCAGUGCCGGAGGAGAAGUACGAGAAGCUGGUCAACGUGCUGAAGAAGAUCUAUGGGCAGAUCGGCAACAUCCGCGACGGCGGUGUGUACAUGCCCAAGGAUGCCAACAAGGUGUCCAAGGGCUACGCCUUUAUCGAGUUCAGCCACCCCAUGGAGGCGCAGGCGGCGCGCGCCCAGACCGCGGGCUACCAGCUGGACAAGAACCACCGCUUCAACGUGACGCUGUUUGACGACUUUGAGCGCUACGCGCGCGUGCCCGACGAGUACGUGGCGCCGGAGGACAAGGCCUUCGCGCCGCAGGCGCGUGGUGCUUGA